UGUGCUUUGAAUGUUUUAAAAAUGAAGUAAAUUAUUUUGGUGUAGAAUGUAUUAAAUCACGAUUUAAUAUAAUCUUAAAUCGUGGUGUAGUUGGUGUACUUUUAUUAUUUUUGCUUAUAAUAAUUAUUAAAUAACAGCAUUAAUUUCUUCGUGGAAUAAAUUUUCAAAUUAUUGUUAAUAUAUUUUGAAUUUUUGAUUAUGAUCAAUUUAAUUUGUUAUAAUUUAAUAAAUUCAAGAUAAAAAAAGGAAUUUAAUAAAAACAAUCAGUGUCUAAAUAAAUUAUAUAACAGCACACAAUUUCAGUAUUUGAAUUACUAGAUUUUUUUUUUAAAUUUUAACAUCGAAUUGAAAUCAUUGUGAAAAAUGUUGCCUUUGAAACCACCAGUAUCUAAAAAAAAUGUAAAAAAUAUUAAACUGGUUAAUUUACCAAUUUUUGAUGAAAAUGGAGACAUUUUGGAUCAAAAUUCAUGGCCAAAAUACCAAGGAAUUUUUAAUGGGAGAGUUAUUAUCAUCAACAAUUUAAACGAUAAAUCCUGUCUUUGCAAUUUGGGUUGUUUUGGACAAUUUGGUAUAAUUGACAAGGACAAAUUCAUAGAUUACAAAACCCUACAAAAUCAGGUGUUGAGGCAAAAAAAGAAUUGGCAAGCCAUGGAAUUAGUGCCUUUUGAUUUUCCUUAUAACAACCAAAACGAGGAAGAUGAGAAUAAUGUACGAACCAAAUUCCAAAAAGCACAUGAUGCUAAUAAACCAACUUAUAGUAAUUGGAAAGAAUUAAAAUCAAGCCGUUCUACAGAAUAUGAACAAUUGUUAAUUCUAUCUGGUGUUCAACAUGAAUUAUCAUACUUUUUACUUUUGGAAGAAGCUUUUUUUUUAUGUUACACAUUAGAAUGUUUGGAAAUGCGAAAAGAAAAUGGUUCAUUAAUGAGCGUAGUUGAAUGUUGGAAGCAAUUUAAUGGUUUGAAAAAACAUUUUCCAUAUUAUUAUGCAGCUUAUCAUUAUUAUAGAUCAAAAGGAUGGGUUGUUAAACCUGGACAACAGUAUGGUGGAGAUUAUGUACUGUACAAAUCAUCACCUAAUUACUAUCAUUCUUCAUACGUGGUUGUGAUUAGUGCUAAUGGUCAAAAUAGUGAAUUGUUACCAUCAUGGCCUUCAUGGUAUGGAUGUGGUCGAGCAAUAGAAGCCGCCAAUAAAGAUUUGCUUAUAUGUACAGUUCUUGGUCCUGCGUACGAAGAAGAAAUGCUAAUUGAUCUGUCACAGUACACAGUUAAUGAUACUAUAGUAAGACGUUGGGUGCCAUCUCAAAACAGAAAAAAACCUUAAUGUUGUUAAUAUGAGUAAACCUUACACAAAAAAAAUAGUAUAUUGUGUGACUAAAAACAAAAAUAUACAAAUUCAAUGACUAUUUUUUUAGCCAACUUUUUCUAAUCUAUGAUUUUUUUGAAAUAUUCAACUUUUUAUUUUUUGUACUUCUGCAUUUUUUUUAACUCCUGUUAGUCUAUAUUGUCUUCGUUCUUGUAAAUAUUGAUCUCUACAUUCUUUAAUAAAAUCUUCAUUAUUAAACCA